AUGGAGCGCCUGAGAAGAUAUCACAACAUGGUUAAGACCAAGGCGUUGAGCGAAGCUCUUCAAGGCCGGGACGCUCCCAACACCUCCCUGCUUGACCUGGCAUGUGGGCCAGGUUCAGAUUUGCACAAGUGGCAUCGGCUUGGGAUCCAUGAUGCGAUGGGCUUGGAUGCCAGCGAGGAGGCCAUCCUAGAAGCGCGAAAGCGGAACAAGACAUGCAAGACAGCCUACCGUUUUGUCAUCGCAGAUGUUUGCAAUCGGCUGGAACGGUAUGCAAGACAGGAACGCUGGGAUGUCAUCACAUGCAACUUUGCAAUCCACUAUCUCAUGGAAGAUCCAGAGAAGUUUGCCAACCUCCUCAGUGCAGUCAGUGGCGCAUUGAAGCCUGGUGGAUAUUUCAUUGGCACUGUCCAGAACGGUGAUAGGGUGGAUCAGCUUAUGGGCAACAGCAGCAGCUACAGGAACAACAUCCUCAGUGUGCGGCGGGCGGGUGACAUUGUGGAAUUUGACAUGCACGGCACGUACUACUUUGAGAAUGGAGCCAGCAGAGAGAUGUUGGUCCUCGAUCCAGCAGGGUUCGUCUGCAAUACUGAUCUCGGCAUCAACUUUUGGGACCGCACUCUCCAGCACCUUGCGCACGCGCCCUGA